ACUUUUUCCGGGUGCUGGAUUUUAGCUCGGGACGGAUUGUGUUCAGCAAGAUUUAGGUUUUGUCCUGUCUUUUUCGUUUUAAAUCUCAUAAUGAAUCGUAUUUUCGGCAGUGGGAAGCCUAAGGCCCCCCCACCAAACCUCAGCGACUGUAUCGGAAACGUCGACUCUAGAGCAGAAUCAGUUGACAAGAAAAUAGCCAGACUAGAUGUUGAACUUGCGAAGUAUAAGGACCAGAUGAAGAAAAUGAGAGAUGGACCUUCAAAGAAUAUGGUGAAACAGAAGGCUAUGAGAGUUCUAAAGCAGAAAAGAAUGUAUGAAAACCAACGGGACAAUUUAAUGCAGCAAUCGUUUAACAUGGAACAAACAAACUACACAAUUCAGUCACUAAAAGACACUAAAACUACUGUUGACGCUAUGAAAGUUGGCCUCAAAGACAUGAAGAAAGCAUAUAAGAAUGUGAAAAUUGAUAAAAUUGAGGAUCUUCAAGACCAACUAGAGGACAUGAUGGAAGAUGCCAGUGAGAUUCAGGAUGCUCUGGGCAGAAGCUAUGGCACCCCUGACAUUGAUGAAGAUGAUCUGGAAGCAGAACUGGAUGCUUUAGGAGAUGAGCUCUUGCUGGACGAUGACAGCUCCUACCUUGAUGAGGCCUCAACAGCACCCACAAUCCCAGAAGGUCUUCCUGGUGACAGGGCCAACAACAGGGAUGGUGUUCUUGUGGAUGAGUUCGGCCUGCCCCAGAUCCCAGCUUAGUUCAGCAAAUGUAUGAUAGCCUCUUAUUUGUAUUUAUCUAACCGCACUCCAAGCCUUAAAUCAUAAGACU